ACCUGCCUGAACGUGAGCCUCCUUCUAGUAACGCGAAGAACAGUGGAGUAGCUACGGUGGAGCUGCAAGCACCGGCAGGGAUGAACGUCACCCAGCCGACAUCCACGGGAGCCGGGGCCACGGCGGUUAGUGAAUCCAAACGCAGCAGCUCAACGUCGGACGAAACCGAGAUGUCGUGUGACGAGGACCAUCAGGGGAACGUCAGCAGUUCACCGUACAGUUCAGAGUCAGGCGAUGAGUCAGGCGACGACGCAUCUGCCAGAGAGUCGGACAAUGCGUAUGCUAUGCUCAUUCAGAAAUACAUUCAGAACAAUUUUUUACAACUUUCCCCCGAAGAGUUUGCACAACGGCAUAACAUGAUGCUUCCAGACGGUGUGCAGUCAGACAUUCUGGUACACAACGACGAGAUGAGGGACGACGACGACGAGUCGAUCGCCGCCGCUGCCUCCCUCGUCAAGCUGCCGCAACUGUUCGCAGUGGAUUUAGGUAAAAGACAACUGACUUUGGCUGAUUCAUAUCCUCCAAAAUUCACAUGAAA